AUGUCGGCCUUGCCCUCGCCGCGAGUCCGCCGAACGGCGCAGAACACCCAGUACACCUACAACCUCAACCGCCGGAUACACGACGUGAAGACCUACCCGAUCCAGACCCCACAAGGUGCGACUGUCCUGAUCUAUGGCCACGAGAAUGGCCUCUCGCUGGUCUGGCGUGGCGGGAAGCCGCUCAAAACCCCCAAGCAAAGCGCCAGCAAGGGAAAACAGAAUGGAGCGAGCGCAGGCGACGCGGUCAUGAUCUUGGAUUCCGACGACGAGACGCCACGGAAGCCAUCUAAAUCCCCUGCGUUUCAAGACAAGGCCGAAUUCGAAGAUGCCCCGGCCGAUGAUCCGUCCUCCGUCCCAGAAACCAUCCAAACACUGGAUCUGGUCCUAGGAACUGCUGCUCUACAUAUUGCCGUGCUCCCGCUCGCCCCAUCUACCGCCGAAGACGCCGCUUGGAAUGCCUCGGACAUACUCAAGGAGAGGAUGGUGUUUGCUGUCGCCUGCGCCACGAACGACGUCUAUCUGAUCACCUUGCCCCUGACCCCACCGUCGCAUCAAAGCAAGGCGAGACCUGAGCUGCGCAACGAUCUCCUUGCUGGCGCUGCUGGUAGGGGCUUGUGGGGUGAGACGUUGACCUUGCUGGGAGGGCAAAGCAAGCAUAGCGAUGGGCUUGCUGUCACUCUCGUCCACCAGAAGCAGGCAGCCGCAGAGCGAAGCAGAUCUGUGGACCGGACCGGCCCGCUGCCUCCUCCGUCGGCUCGGGUUGUCGUUGCGGCCCACUCCCGCGAAGCAUGCGGCAUCCUGCGGUUAUGGGAUGUGAACGUCGAAUCCAGACCAGCGACGAGUCGAAUCGAACCUUUCCAGACCGAGUAUCUGCCCGCACCUCUCAGCGGCAUCUCUUUCAACCCGUCGCAUUCCACGCAGCUUCUAGCUGUCGCUUCUCCACAUGCCGCGCGCAUCUACGAUUACUCCCUCCCGUCCAUUCCCGAAGAUAUGUCAGAAGGCCCAUUCCCAACACAGGGCUCUUGGCUGCUGUCUCUCUACCCGCCAUUCUCCCAAGGCUCGACGAUGUCGACAUCCCGCAAGCCCAUCCUUGCUGCAUCCUGGAUUGCUCAUGGACGUGCCGUCCUAUGCCUCCUUGCGGAUGGCCAAUGGGGCAUUUGGGAUAUAGAUGGCGCCACGCCAUCGCUAAGCGGUGGCGGCGGGGCUACAAGCCUCUUUGGAAAGCACUCAGCUGGCCUCCGCGGUGCCGGCCUGACGAGUUUCAGCGCCAGUGGCUAUUUGGAGGGUACAAGCUCGCUACGCAACCAGGGCGCACAGAAACCGGCGCCCGCGCCAAGAUCCAGCGGAGACUUUGUGCCAAUGACACCACAUACCAGGCGCGAUACCCUCGCUGCAUCUAUCGCCGGGGGUGCAGAGAGGCUAGCUGCUGUAAGAGGAGGUAUCGAAGUGGUGUACUCUCAGCCGCUGAGAGCCACCAGUACCGGUUCUCCUGCAGAUGAGAGUGCUGUGCUCUGGAUGGGAGGUGUUGACCCUAUCGUUGCAGUUAUCCCUGGUGUGUCCAGAUUCUGGGACGCACAACUUCGACGCGGCGUUGGUGGAGGGGUCAAUCUCUUCAGCGGCGCCCAGCCAACCCGAAUGAUCCGGCUCACCGACCUCGCCGCCGGUCUUCUCGGUGAGCGAUGCACUGGCGUAGGAGCUGUUCCAAGAUUGGGCAGACAACAACCCAACAGCAGCCCGUCCCCCGACGAUAGAUCCCCUCAUGGCGAAACUACCAACUCGGUGCAGGGCCUUCCCAUCGAUGUCCUCGUCAAGGGCGAGAGCCGCCUUGUCGUGGUUCUCGAGAGCGACGACGGCACUCCCAUCUCGAACCGCCUUCUCAGCACGCGCAAAAAGCAACGCCCCAGCGGCCGCUCCGCCAGUGCCAUCAUUGCCUAUCCCCGUCCGGAGAAGCCAAGCAGCAUCGCCUUCAACUUGAGCGUCUCGCGGGCCGGGAAUCGCCGGGCCUCGCGCCAGCGUCUUCCCGUGGCGGGCCUGUUCGACCAGGAGCAGAUGGACGUGUUGCCGUCCACGGAGGUGGAGCUGGACGAUGGUGGUGGUGGCGCCGCCGCGGGCCACGGCCUGCUGAUCCCCGGCCUCUCCCGCGACACCGGCCUUGCCUUUGGACAGUCGCUCAACGUGGCGGCCGACGCGAGCGACAACGAGGAGGAGGCCGAGGAGCGGAAUGUCGAGGCGGAGAUCUUGGACAUUAUGGAGAUUGAUCGCGAGCUGGAGGAGAUGGAGAGCGAGCGGCAGAGUGGGAGGAAACACGUUUUCUUUGAGGAGGGAUAG